AGGCCCCGGUUCCUCAGCGCUUCGCUACGGCCUCCCUUCUCCCCUCACCGCCCGCCCCUCGGGAUUCCCGCGGCGGCCCAACGGCGGCGAGACGGACCGAGCCGCGCGCUCACAGCCGCUCCGUUGCCAUGACAGCAAUCCCGCCGCCGUUGCGCGGCGAGCGCGGCGCGCUCGUGGCGUCACGAGCCCACCGAACCUCCAUUGGUCCCGACGAAGCAGGCGGGCGGGCCUCCGGCACAUCCGGCUCGCCGAUUGGUCGGCUCGCUGUCGUGUGCGGCGGUGGGGAGCUCGUCUCGGCGUCCCGUGUGAUCCCGGCGCGGUGCGGCCGCAAGCAGAUGGCGUCCAACUAUAGAAAACCUGGCUUCAGUACAGCCCAGCGAAAGAAAAGUGGCUUGAAACCUGAACUUACAGAAGAGCAAAAGCAGGAGAUCAGAGAAGCUUUUGAUCUGUUUGAUACUGAUGGAUCUGGAAGCAUCGAUAUAAAAGAACUCAAGGUUGCGAUGCGUGCUUUAGGCUUUGAGCCAAAGAAAGAAGAAAUUAAGAAAAUGAUAGCAGAUAUUGACAAAGAAGGAAGUGGCACCAUUGACUUUGAAGACUUUUUGGCUAUGAUGACACAAAAAAUGAGUGAAAAGGAUUCAAAGGAAGAAAUUUUGAAAGCUUUCAGAUUAUUCGAUGAUGAUGGGACAGGAAAGAUUUCAUUCAAAAACUUGAAAAGGGUUGCCAAGGAGCUGGGAGAAAAUUUAACCGAUGAAGAGCUUCAGGAAAUGAUUGAUGAAGCUGAUCGAGAUGGAGAUGGAGAAGUAAGUGAGCAAGAAUUUUUGAGAAUCAUGAAGAAAACUAGCUUAUAUUAAGAUUUGUUGCCUUACAGCUGUUCCAAAAGACGACAGGGAAAAGACUUAAAAAUGGGUUUGUGUCUCCUGCCUAUUAUUAUGCUAUGUAAUGAAAGUCUGAAAAGACAGAUUUUCAUCCCAUUCUUCUCUUUCACCAAAGUUAGUUGCUGGGAGGGGGCUCUGGUACCCAACAAACUGUUCAAGUGAGAUACUGCAGAAAUUAAACAAAAAUAUUGCAGAAAUGAAAAGGAAGGAUGAGUGAGCUGGCAAGGCAGGGUCCCUUUCUCCUCAGGCUCCCAGAUGAAGAUUUCACUAAUUGCCAUUUUGGAUAAAGAAUGCUGUGUCUUACGUAGAUAAUUAAAACAACCUGAAAACAUUUCACUUGGGUUGCAAAGAUUACUGCUGUUUCUUGGAGAAGCCAAGUCUCACCUUCCCAAGGCUACAUGAUAAAGAGAUCAUCUCAUAACACCUUAAAGAACCACAGUACAAUAUUUUUAUUCCUUUUAAGGCUUUUAGGUUAUUUUUGUGUCCUUUUGUUUAUUUCCAUGAAAGUCUCAGAAAUCAACUGCAUAUUUAUAUUUAUUUCUGUAUUAAACACUGUAUUCUCCUGGCAAGUUCAUUUUGCACCUAGUGGGAAACAAACAUAUAUAACUAGUUUUUGGUUCUUCGUUCCAAGCAGAAUGCCAUCAGUAAACAGUCUUUUCUUUAACUAUUUCAUGAUCUGAAAACUGGCUUACUUGAGUCUUACCUGCUUGGAUUUUCAAAGUUUAUAGUAUGACCAGUCAACAUCUUGUGCCAUUGCUCUUACUCCAGAGACUUUGCAGAAUUGUUACUAUGCCAUGAUUUUAAGUACUUAAGGAAAGCACAGUUCGAGGGCACAGUAGAGGAAGUUCUCUCUAGCUAUUUAGAGUCAAGUAGCAGAGAGGAGUUGCAUCUGAAGUGAAAAAAUAGCUCACUUUGGGUACCUGUGGAUGUAUUUAGAUCCAUGCAAUCCAAAUUCAUUUCAGGUAUCGCACCCUUUUUUAUUCUUAUUAAGUACUUCCAGUUUUUAAAUAUUUCUUGUAUAUAAUAUCAAUCCAGAACUGGAGAGCCACACUUCCAUCCUAUUGUGACAUAGCAGCAAUGCACAGCCUGAAAUCUGAUUAUUUGCUUAGGCAAGGUGGAUUUAUCCUUGUGUCAUGAUACAGCAUUCAGCCUGGGGAAACUAUACUUUAAUCCACAUCUCUGUUUGGCUCCUUGUUACAGCUGCCUCAGUUCUGAUGAGCUGUAAGGGCCCACCAUGGGGAGAGUUACUUUCAGUAGCGGAAAGGGGAAGUGUUUAUUGACACUUCUCCUUAGCAUGCAAAUGUGGAGCUGGCAUGUAGUCCUCUGAGUUUCAUACUCUGAACUGCUCUCUGACUAGACCCUCUCUAACCUACACAGUAGGCUUAAGCCUGCUCACAGCCCUAACAAGCUCAGAGAUCUGUGAAGUCCACUAUUCAGAGGUUCAGUGGCAGUAGAUGUAAGCUAGAGUACUGUGAGCUUUUUAAAAUGUGUAUUAACUUUGUAUAGUGUGAAAUAAAACUGUUUUGUGAGUUAA